AUGUUUCAAAACUACAGUGUUACCACCACCACCACCACCACCACCACCACCACCAGAACAAAUCAACAAAUCAACAACAACAUCAACCCAUCAACCCAUCAGACCAUCAUGAGCUCAAUGUUCUUACCAUUCCUAAGAUCACUUCUAAUCACUCCUCAAUCUUCAAAUCCAGAUCCAAUCUUACAUGUAGUACAUCAAACCAUCAGAGAUCAAGAUAGAGGAGGAUUUACUACACCAGAAAGACAACAAGAUCAUUUAUCAUAUCAUGAUACAGGUUUAAGAUCUAUCAAUGGAGCUAAUAUCUUAUUAGAUUCAUUAGCCUUAAAUCCAUUUGCUCAGAAACUGACUCUUAGUCAUAAUCAUUUAGGUGAUCUGGGUUUACAACAUUUAGUGAUCAGAUCGAAUUCGAAUAUUAAAGAACUCAAUUUAGCUAGUAAUCAAAUCACUGAUAUAGGGUUCAAUACUUUAGUUAAUCAUUGGUUAUCUUCUAAUAAUAAUAAUCAAAAUCAAGAUCAAACCAAUUGUGAUUGUGCAACUUCAAUCUCUUUAAAUGAACUUUAUCUUUCAAACAAUCAAAUCAGUCUAUCUCUACAACCUUCACCUUUACUUUAUAUAAACAACUUAUCAGUUCUUUCAUUAACUUCGAAUCCCAUUCAUGGUCCUUCAUUAGUCUCUUUAUUCAGAAACCCAUCCUUCUCACCCAAAGCUUUGAAAACCUUACAUCUUUCAGCUUGUGCUUUAGAUUCGACCGUAGCUUUUGCUUUAUCAGGUUGGUUAGAAGAUUCCAAUCGAUCUGGAAGACUUGAAUGGUUAGCCGUCAAUGGGAAUAAUUGGGGUGUCAUCGGAUGUGAAAGAAUUGUUUGGUCGCUUGCUAAACCUGGUGGAAACAAAAACUUAUUAAGAGUUGAAAUGUUGGCAUGUAAUUUACCUUCUAAUCAAUCGAUUGAUCAAUUUGGAACUCCGAUAGAUCGUCCAACUGAACAAGAAGAACUUGAAACAUUAAAACAAAUGGUCGAAUUUGGAACUGAUCUUGAAAGAGCUCAAGCAAGAACUGAAAUCGAUAAUGACGGAGGUUGGAAACAACUCUUAGAACGAUGUGAGCUACGUAAUCAAGUCUUUAGAUUAGCAGCACGUAGAGCAGCCUUAGGAGUGAUCUCGACAGCUAGGAUCGUCUUACUUUCAAAACCUUCAAGUCUCAAAACGUCAUCCAAGAAUCCCAAUAUCUUUCAUUGGAAUAAGUUACCUGAAGAAAUCCAAUUUCAAAUCUGGCGUUGGGUUGCAUUACUUUCAGCUUUUCCAGAAGAUACCUUAAAUCAAAGUUUAAUCGGCAUUCCUGAUCCAUUAACCACCAAACAAUUAUUAAACGUUUUAAAAUAUUCGUCUAAUAGGAAAACUUUAUUUCAAGAAAUCUCAUGUCGAAAGAAAUUAGAAGUAGAAGUGAAAAAGAAAUCGUCUAUUGGAACAGAAGGUAGAAAUGGACUUAGUGUUUCGAGUCAUCAUAGACAACUGAUCGAAACAAGAAGGUUUGAGGCUGAGAGUGAUAAAACUGGUCAAGAAAUGGUUCUAAAGGCUUGUGAUUGUCAACGAUUUGAAGGUCGGAUUUGA